GAGACACCCUGCUCUCCACACUGUCCCUUCUGUCACGCUGUCUGCUCUCAGCCCCGGAGAUUCUGAGGAAAGAUGACUUUCUACGAUGGCAUUUACCCAUUCUACCCCCUACAAAGAACCUCCUUUAUCUUCAGCACCCACCUCCUCACCAUUAUCCUGGUCUUCCUGGUCUUCACGGUCAGCUUCCUUCUUAUUCUGCCAGGUAUCAGAGGCAAGUCGAGACUAUUCUGGAUGUUCAGAAUCAUCAUCAGUUUAUUCAUAGGCAUUGUGAUAGUGGCACUGAAUUUCACCAGCGACUGGGCUGAGGCCCGAGCCACCACCAACACCACCUACAAGUCCUUCAGCAGUGAGGAGGUGAACGCUGAAGUGGGACUGCACAUAGGACUGUAUGGUAUUAACAUUACUUUAAAAGGGAAUCCUGUGAAUCAACUCAACGAGACCAUCAACUACAACGAGAUGUUUGCGUGGAAAGACACCAUCGAUGAGGAGUACGGGAACGCCUUAGAGAGAGGUCUACCUAACCCCAUCCUCUAUAUCGCUGAGAAGUUUACCCUCAACAACCCCUGUGGCCUCAUCUACCAGUAUAGAUACUCUGGGCGUUACGCCUCGGCCACCCUCUGGACAGCGUUCUGCUGCUGGCUGGUAGCCAACAUGCUGUUCUCCAUGCCUGUCAUCCUGUACGCCGGCUACAUGAUGGUGGCCACCGCCGCUUUCAUCUUCUUCUCCAUGGCCUCCUUCUCCACCAUCAUGAACCUGCCUACCUGUCUGUUCACCAUAGGCACCUCUGGGGCCUUCCAGACAGAGUACAGCGGUUCUUUCUGGCUUGCACUGGCCACAGGUGUGCUGUGUUUGAUCAUUGGAGUCCUGGUGGUUCUGCUGGACUGUCUGAUCCCUGGGAAGAUACGAGACGCCUUCAGUGUCGGGGUGGACAACGACGAAGAUGAGGAUGUUUAUUUUGGAGAGGGAUACCUGAACUCCAACUUCCUGGCAGGAGUAACCACCACACCUUUGACAACCUUAGUGCUUCCUACAGAUGAAAUUCGGAAAGUCAGCCGCCAACCAUCACUCCAGGAGCUGUCAGUCAGACUCUAACAGAGUCGAGAUUUAUAACCUCCUAUCCCCUGCUUGAAAUGUCUCCACCCGCGCUAUCGAAUCGCUAGCUUUUUGGCAGCGUAGUUGGCUAAGACGUUGUCAAGGAGGGGGGGUCAAGUGUGUUUGCGGGGUAGAGUUCGCAGGUUCUAGGCGUGAGCUGGAUGGGGAGGAAGUGGUAUGGUUAAGCUAACACGGUGAUGGAGGAAGUGGUAUGGCUACGCUAGCAUGGUGUUGGAGGAAGUGGUAUGGCUACGCUAGCAUGGUGUUGGAGGAAGUGUUAUGGCUACGCUAGCAUGGUGUUGGAGGAAGUGGUAUGGCUACGCUAGCAUGGUGUUGGAGGAAGGGGUAUGGCUAAGCUAGCACGGUGAGGAAGUAGUAUGGCUAAGCUAGCACAGUGAGGAAGUGGUAUGGCUAAGCUAGCACGGUGAGCUAGGAAGUGGUAUGGCUAAGCUAGCACGGUGAGGAAGUGGUAUGGCUAAGCUAGCACGGUGAGCUAGGAAGUGGUAUGGCUAAGCUAGCACCGUGAGGGAGGAAGUGGUAUGGCUAAGAUAGCACGGCGAGCUAGGAAGUGGUAUGGCUAAGCUAGCACGGUGAGGGAGGAAGUGGUAUGGCUAAGCUAGCACGGUGAGGGAGGAAGUGGUAUGGCUAAGCUAGCACAGUGAGGAAGGGGUAUGGCUAAGCUAGCACAGUGAGGAAGUGGUAUGGCUAAGCUGGCACGGUGAGGGAGGAAGUGGUAUGGCUAAGCUAGCACGGUGAGGAAGUGGUAUGGCUAAGCUGGCACGGUGAGGGAGGAAGUGGUAUGGCUAAGCUAGCACAGUGAGGAAGUGGUAUGGCUAAGCUAGCACGGUGAGGGAGGAAGUGAUAUGGCUAAGCUAGCACUAUCACAAGCACAGUGACAUCUGUGUCGGUCACGCCAAACAAUAUUCUCUCAACUUGAAAAUCAAUUAUCAUUGCAGUUACCAAGACAAAUGUGUUUAACUUUGUGAAUUAGUUGUGAAUAUCUCUGGGAGCCCUUUAAACCUACUGUUCAAUAUAUUUAGUUAUGUAAAUCAUGUAUAUACGUAUAACGUGUUCUACUGUGUCAAUGCCAUAAUAUGUACUGUAUAUGUGUUGUAUCUGUGCCAUUUUUCAUGUUCCAAUAGCGUAACAAAAAUUAAACAAACGUGUGUGAGAUUCACAUACUUUUAAUGGACAUCGUUGAGUCAGGUAUUCAAGUCAUUGAUGAUCUGCUUCUUGUGUAAUGAACAUAACAUUGUGUAGUGAACGAACAAGUCGCCUCCGUCCCAAAUGGCACCCUAUUCCCUAUAUAGGGCACUACUUUAGACCAGAGCCCUACAGAGCCCUAU